UUUUAGGUAGUUCUCGAUUUUUCCCGGUUUUUACCAUUACACGAGGUCGAAAAUACGUUGAGAGGUUAGUUUGCAUUUGCAACAACGUUUUUUUCUUGUCGCAGAAUGUCAUCCAGCAAGAAAGAAACAAGAAGAAGAAAACUACGUGGGAGGCAGGAGGCGGGACAGUCCCAGCGGCGGUCGGAGGCCGACCCUGAAGCAGGUCCGAGCGCGUCAGCGGCAUCACGGGCUCACUCGAGGGAGUACCACAGCGACAGCGACCCGGAGGCCAACAGCGAAGAGUCCGUUAAAGCCUUUCUCCAACGUUUCAACAGUGCCACGGAGCGGGAGCGUAAUGCGGCGGAGGACCUCGUAAACUCUAUGAAGCUGAUCAUCGAACAAAGCAGGCACCGGCCAUCCUUAAUGAUGCAGCAGAUUUUGGACAAGCUGCGACCUCUUAUUCCCGGUAUGCCGAAGUAUCCCCAAACCGUAUUGGUGCCCAGGGACUUGUGGGACAUCGAGUCCACAGAAAUCCAAGGAGGCCUAUACUGGCAUCGUGGUUUAGAAGCCGGAAUACGUGCAUUCAGGGCCAGCGACGCCAAGGAACUCACGUUUGACGUUGACAUCGAAGAGGUGCCGUUGGACCAGCUGACAAAUUCCGAAUUCCGAACUUGGGUUAUCCAAGCACGGCUGCACGAAGCCACAAAUCCACCGGGCGAGCCUUUUGUCGUCGGUGUGUUUUGUGGCGAUUCUAGGCCACUUUGCGAGGAGUUCCUAGGGCCGUUCAUCGAAGAGGCGGCACGGUUAUGUGAAUUAUCAAUGACGGUCAACGGUGACUCAUUAACCGUGAAACCACGGUUAGUGAUUGCCGACGUUGCCGCACGAGCAUUUCUUAAAGGCACUGUCCAUCAAAGUAAUUACUACGGCUGCACACAGUGCACCAUAAAAGGAAAGCUUGUCUCUGAUUCCACCAUCACGUUCUUCGGCGAAACGAACACCAGACCACGAACAAAUGAAGAGUUCCGGGGUGGAGUUUACGCAGGCACCCACCAGCAGAUGGCAGAUGGGCAACCCGUUGUGACACCGUUGGUGAGAUUGCCCAUCGACAUCGUCCAGGAUGUGACUAUAGGCGACGACCGAUGUUUGCUCCACAUUGGUGCCGCGAAAACUUUGUUUUUUGCGUUUAACGAUGGUAUUGGCAAUAUCCAGGCAAUGGACACACUUAAACAUGAUUUUUUGGAGCACACAUUGUGUGCUAUCCGGCUCCCGCAUGAAAGGCGGCCGCGACAGUUUGAAACAAAUAUUGCUCAGUGGCCGCCCUUCAUGUGGGGCUGCUUUAUGGACAUCGUUGGCAUCGUAAUACUGAAGCCAACAAUAAGGCAACAGUAUUACGACCACUAUUGCAAGUUGCAUUGGGCCAUUGCGAUUUGCAACCAUGGACGAUAUCGACAUUUGCUGAAUUACGCACGGCAAUUGAUAAUCGAUUUUGUAACAGAGCACCAUAAUUUGGUCGGUUACGUUACAAGUACCUUUCACCACCUCCUGCACAUAGUGGACGAGGUCGAAAAGUUUGGACCACUGCCGCUACAGUCUUCAUACCCGUUUAAAGCCGCACUUCGUAACCUAAAAGCCGAAGUCGAUAUCACAAGGAAGACACCGCCGAUUAAGCAGAUCGCGCAUACCUUGCUACUCAGGGAAGGAGCGUUCCGUCAUCAAAAUCUCCUUCGACCUCUUCCUCCUUCCCUUCCCAUUCAAGUCCCUACGAACAACGGCCGUAGGGUGAAAAUCCAUAAGAAAUUCGUGUUGAGGUGCGAAUCCAUCUCACUAGAUGAUACAGACUGCUGGUUCUUGGCGCCGGGCUCAAGUCACGGCCAAGUAGUUAAAUUUGUAAAAGCUUCGGCAGGCCACUUUGCUGUGUACGGGCAACCCCUUGCCGAACAAAUAACAUAUUUCCAGCAUCCAGUCGACGUGCCUGUAGGGUUGAACGUGUUUGGGGCAAUCGACAAAACACAACUGCAGAAGACAAAAAAAUAUCGUUUAACGGAUAUGAUUUGUAAACUAUGUCCAAUCUAUAUGCAGACGUACACAGCGUUUGUGCCUCUGCCAGAAUCCUUUGCAGAGUGCUAAAAACAUUAUUAGUUUCACGAUCAGCUCGUUGAUGUACUCGU